AUGUCUAGUACCGUCGACAAGUCGUGGGUCGAGGGCCCGGUCCCACUUGUGCAUACACCCAUAUAUGAGACCAAAAAGAACAACACCUUCACUACCGGCGCCUCCCAUAUGGCCUUGAUGCACAAUGCCGUCUUCCGCGGCUUUAAUAGCAUCUACAACCAAGCCCUUUCCGUGCCCGCCGCCCAGCACGCCAACUUCAUCGGCUACGCCAGCGCGUGGACGAAGCUCGUCAUCUCGCACGCCGAGGCCGAGGAACGCGACCUCUUCCCGCACGUCGAGGCCGAAAUGAAGAAGCCCGGCUAUUUCGACGACACCCUUGGCGAGCACGAGGCCUUCGUCUCCGGCGUCCAGACGAUGUCCGACUACCUGCACGCCUCCGCGCAGGAGCCGGCGUCGUUCAAGCCGCAGACUCUCCGCGACAAGAUGGACGCGUUCCUUGAGCCGUUUCAGUCGCAUUUUCACUCGGAGAUCAAGACCAUCGCAGCGCUGGCGGCCGGGCCGGAGCCGACGGAAAAGGCGGCGAAGGCGUUCGAGGACUGGGGGAGGACGAGUAUAACGAAUGCGGGGUACACGGAUGUAUUUGUGUUUUUGCUGCUGCAUAUGGAUCGAGAGUUUGAGGACGGUUUGUGGAUGAAUUGGCCACCAAUUCCCGGUCUAGUGAAGAUGGGGUUGGCGAAUGUGUUUAUGCUGAGGCAUCCCGGGUGGUGGCAGUUUGCGUCGUCGGAUACGGCGGGCAACGUGAAGCCGAUGAAGAUGUGGGCUUAG